AUGGAUAGACGUGAAAAGAUACAAGAAAUUGCUGAUAUUCUUGACUUAGAUUUUGACUUUUUCCCAGCCGUCUCCAGAUUUGAUAUAGAAUUGCUCAGCAAAUAUAAUCUUGAUGGAAUAUCAAAUGCACAAAAAGCUUGCUAUUUAAGUCAUUAUUUUAUUUAUAAAGAAAUCAUUAAAAAUGGAUAUAAAAAUGUAUUAAUUAUAGAAGAUGAUGUAGAUAUUGAAUUUGAAAUAUCCAGAAUUGUCAGUGAUCUUAGUCGUGCUUUACUAGAUGAUUGGGAUAUAUUUUAUAUAGCACAUUAUAAUUAUGAGGAAGGCCAAGUUUUAGCAAAAAAUGGUGAAUUUAAAUUGAUUAAAUCCACUAAUCCAAUCAAUACGCAUGGUUAUGCCAUCUCGGCUCGUGGUGCUCGAAAGCUAUUAAAAGACCUUGACGUCAAUAGUCCAAGUGGACAAAUUGAUGCAGAAUUAACAAGGAGAGUUCAUAAUGGAUUCCUCAGAUCAUAUAGUAUUGAUUGA